AGCGCGACGUUGAAACAGACGCUCACAGAUCGACUUCCUUUCUUCCGCUCAUUUACGCCCUUUUUUCAACAACACCAGAUCAACAUCACACAUCCAGCAAUUCCGAUCAUCUCCCCCUUUUCCUUCAUACCAGAGCUCGAAAAUGGCUAGACGAAGGAGACCCCCACGGGCCGGCGCCGUAAACGAGCUUCCCCCUCUGCGAAUCCUCGGCCAGAUUGCAGCCUUACAGAGCAUAUACUACGCAGUCGCGCUAGUCCUGAUGCUCUUCACAUCCCUAGUUUCCGGCACGCGAUUCGGCUUAGACCUUGUCUUCGGGUGGGCAAGUCUGCGCGGUGACACAACCCAAGGGUGGUUGAUAGGCUUUAUCUGGCUAUGCUGCGCCGGUGUCACUAUCUUAGCGAUGGUAGCCUUGAUAGGCCGAUCGAAGCUCGUGCUCGAUUUCGCGCUUAGCCUCCACUUCAUCCACCUCGUUAUCGUUACAUUCUAUACGGGCUUCAUACCACGAAAUGUCGCCUGGUGGACUACGAUGCUUGUCUCAAGCGCCGUCACAGUUAUAGGGGGUACUUAUGGUUGCCAGUGGAGGGAACUACGACCCAUCAGUUUCGGAGGUAAUGCUAAGAACAGCAAUAAUGGAGAGGGGAACGCCGAGUCCGCGGCAGAAAACGGAAAUGCCGGAAUAGAGCAAGGCGACGAAGAAGCAGGCUUCUCUAGAGGCCGUGGGAGAGGCAGAGGACGAGACGGUGCUGGGGAAUAUGAGAUGGUUGGUAUAAAGGAUACCGGAAAUCGAUAAUAUUCCCUACGAUACCGGAUGAUCACACUUCGUCGAUUUUGUAUGAAUACCUACUGCAUUCGCAUGGCGUUGGCUUGUUUGAAGACAAUAA